AUGGAAGAUGCUGAAUGCUACAAGCUGGAUGUCCAUUCCCGUAUCCAGAGCAUAGACUCUCCAAAGGAGAAUGAAAAGGUCUCCUCCGGAGGCUAUGGCUCGAAGAUCGUGGAAGACCAGACGAGGAUAAAGAGGCUGUUUAAUUUUACUCAAAUAUUCUUUUUUGCCUUGACCUUUAUGUCCAGUUGGGAGACAAUGGCUCUGUAUGGAGAUGAUAUCAACCAACUAUGCAAAAUAUCAACUACUAAUAUUAGCUGUAGCAAUUUGACGGCUGUGUUCACAAAUGGAGGUCCGCAAGCGUUGGCUUGGGGUAUCCUCGUUGUGGUUUCCGGAGCUCUAGCGCAAUCUGCUUCUCUCGCGGAAAUGGCUGCCAUGCAACCAAUUGCCGGUGCACAGUAUCACUGGACUCACCACUUGGCGCCACCGCGUCAAAGAAGGUUCAUCACCUGGAUGCAAGGCUGGAUUACGUGGUUCGCCUGGGUCUCUCUCCUCGCUGGCGUCGCAAACACUACAGCAAACAUGAUCCAGGGUUUAGCCAUCAUCAACUACCCGAACUAUCAACCAGAGAGAUGGCAUCUUACCAUGAUCAUGUUUGCGAUGCUUAUCAUCGAGGGGUUGAUGAAUAUGUACACUUUCUGGCUUAUUCCGUGGGUUGAAUUGCUGGCUGGUAUAUUGCAUAUCGUCCUUUUUAUCGUCUUCGUCGUCGUCCUGGUGUGUCUUGCACCCCGUCAUACAGCCGACUUCGUAUUCGCCAAGGGAGCGUCAGCUUCGGGGUGGAAUAACAGAUACGUUUCGUGGAACCUGGGACUUCUCACUCCAACCUGGGGCUUUGUUGGUUUCGAUGGCGCCGUCCAUAUGAGUGAAGAAGUCCGACGUGCCAAGAAAGCCAUGCCACGGUCCAUCUUCUGGACUGUUGCGACAAACGGGGUCCUCGCUUAUGCCAUUAUCAUCGUGAUCCUGUUUACUAUGGGUCCCCUGGAAAACGCAUUGCAAUCAAGCUUCCCUAUCAUUGAGAUCUGCCGCCAGGCGACAGGCUCUGUCAGGGCCGCCACCGCUAUGGUGUGUGGGCUAUUGGUUAUAUCGCUAGCUGUUAACCUUGCUAGCAUUGCAUCCGCAUCACGGUUAACAUGGGCAUGGUCUCGAGACGGUGCCCUCCCGAGUUGGUUCUCAUAUAUUGAUCGCAAACACUGCGUUCCCGUUCGAGCGGUCUGGCUCCCGAUUGCCAUUGUGAUGGUUCUCGCGUGCCUAAAUAUUGCCAGCGUAACCGCUUUCGGUGCGUUUAUUGCCCUAUCCUCUAUAGGCCUAUUCACUUCCUACCUAAUUGCUAUUGGAUGCAUGGUCCACGCACGGUUCUUCCAAACACACACGCUGCAAUUUGGCGAGUGGAAUAUGGGCAGGCUUGGAUUACCAGUGAAUAUCUUUGCUAUAUGUUACACCAUCUACGUCAUCAUCUGGCUUCCGUUCCCAUCCCUCCUGCCGGUCACCGGGGAAAAUAUGAAUUACUGUCUCCCAAUUUUUGCUGCAAGCACGCUUUUUGCAUUGUCGCUAUGGUUUUUGCGGGCUAAGAAGCAUUGGGGAGGACUAAAUAAAGAGGUUAUCCGCCUUGUGGUUGAAGGAGGGGAACUCAACCUUAAAUGA